AUGGAAGAGUUUCUCGAGAGUUUGUUUGUUACACUCAAGGCUAUUCUUCUUCUUAUAAUUUCUACAAUUCGGAAUCUUUUCCCAACUGGAUGGUUGCCACGAAAAGAUGUUCGAGGCCAAACUGUACUGGUAACUGGAGCUGGUAGUGGAUUGGGUCGCCUAAUGUCGUACGAAUUCGGAAAACUAGGUGCUCGACUCGUCCUUUGGGACAUUAAUGAGGAAGGAAACAAGACCACUCUGGCAGAGUUGGAAUCUCGAGGAGUGGAAGCUAAAGCAUAUACAGUCGACCUUUCGGAUUACAAAGAAAUCAAUCGUACAGCUGAUCUUGUGAAAAAAGAAGUGGGAAAAGUAGAUAUUUUGAUUAACAAUGCUGGAAUUGUUACUGGAAAAAAACUGCUUCAAUGCCCUGAUGAGCUUAUGAUCAAGACAAUGGCUGUUAACACAAAUGCACUUUUCUUUACAACGAAAAACUUUUUGCCUGCUAUGCUUGAACAGAACAAAGGGCAUAUUGUAACAAUUGCUUCAAUGGCCGGAAAGUGUGGAGUUGCUGGAUUGGUUGAUUAUUGUGCUUCUAAGCAUGGUGCAGUUGGUUUCAAUGACUCGUUGGCAUCUGAACUUUACUCCCUAAAGAAGGAUGUAAAGACUACUGUAGUCUGUCCUAUCUAUAUCAACACUGGAAUGUUCGAUGGAGCACAAACCAGAUGGCCUACUCUUCUCCCAAUCAUGGAACCAGAAUUUGUUGUUGACUGUAUUAUGGAGGCAGUUCUCACUGAUCGCGCAUUUUUGGCUCUUCCCAAAUUUAGUUACAUUUUCAUGGCUCUCGCUGGACUUCUACCUACAGAAGUCAUCAGUUUGUACGGAGAUCACUUUGGAAUUACCCACUCAAUGGAUCAUUUCAAAGGACGCCAAUCGCGAAGAGCUUGA